UUUUCGCCUCCUGCCUUUUAUUGGUCUGUAUGAAAACACCGAAAAUUAAAGUCAAAACUCCGGAAAGUCCCAACCGGCAUCAGAAGCAGUCAAAGCCAUGCCGAGAAGAAAACAGCAAGCGCCGCGACGGUCGGCAGCGUAUGUUCCCGAAGAAGAGCUGAAGGCAGCUGACCUGAACGAAGACCUGCCCGAGGAGGAGCUGCCUCCGGCAGGCGACCAGGACCACGAGUUCCUCUGCCCUGAGGAGGAAGAAGAGAGCAAAGAAGUGGCCAGCUGCCAGAACUCGCCGGCCAGCACACCGGCCAAUCCUGACCCAGGCUACGGGUCGCCCGCCAGUGACACCAGCGACCAGCUGGCCGACCUGCGGAGCGUCUCGUCCAAGGACGGGCAGGAGCGGGAGGAGGGGCUGGGCGAGGACGGGCUGCAGGCCUCGCGGGACAGUCUGGCGCAGAUGAAGGCGGCCUAUUCCAACCUGCUGAGCAGCUCCUACUGGAGCAGCCUGGGCCUGGACCUGAAGACCACCAACCAGGCCAGUGCCAGCGGCAGCAGCAACGGCAGCAGCCACAACGGCAAUGGUGGAGGGGUGGGCUAUGACUGGCACCAGGCUGCCCUGGCCAAGACGCUCCAGCAGACCUCCUAUGGGAUCAUCCCUGAGCCCAGCCUGUUCAGCACCGUGCAGUUGUACAGGCAGCAGAACAAACUGUUUGGGUCGGUGUUCACCGGCGCCAGCAAGUUCCGCUGCAAGGACUGCAGCUCGGCCUAUGACACCCUGGUGGAACUGACCGUGCACAUGAACGAGACCGGCCACUACCGCGACGACAACCGCGACCGGGACUCUGACAACCCUCGCAAGUGGUCCAAGCCCAGGAAGCGCUCCCUCAUGGAGAUGGAGGGCAAGGAGGAUGCCCAGAAAGUCCUCAAGUGCAUGUACUGCGGCCACUCCUUCGAGUCCCUGCAGGACCUCAGCGUCCACAUGAUCAAGACCAAGCACUACCAGAAGGUGCCCCUCAAGGAGCCUGUGCCGGCCCUGGCUUCCAAGCUCCUGCCCCCCAACAAGAGGAGGGCGCAGCAGGAACCUCCUCCCUGCUCUCCAGAAUCUGCCCCCAACCCCUCGGGCCUACCUGCCGGAGAGUCGGCCUCAGCCCAGAAAGCGGCCAACCCUUACGUGACUCCCAACAAUCGCUACGGCUACCAGAACGGCGCUAGCUACACCUGGCAGUUCGAGGCCCGGAAGGCGCAGAUCCUCAAGUGCAUGGAGUGCGGGAGUUCCCAUGACACCUUGCAGCAGCUGACGGCGCACAUGAUGGUGACCGGCCACUUCCUCAAGGUCACCAACUCCGCCUCCAAGAAGGGCAAGCAGCUGGUGUUUGACGCGGUGGCCGAGGAGAAGAUCCAGUCCAUUCCCUUGCCUCCCUCCACCCCGGCGCGGCUGGUGGUGCCUACUGCUCAGGCCAAGCCAGAAACCUCACCGCCUCUGCUGGCCGACGAGAGGAAGGAGCAGGAGGAAGAUGCGGCGGAAGAGGACGAGAAGGAGAAGGAGAUAAAGGAGGAGAGGGACGAUCCUGAGGAAAAGUUUGAGUCCACUUCCCAGUACCAGUAUCUGCGGGAGGAAGAUCUGGAUGAGAGCCCCAAAGGCGGUAUUGAUAUUCUGAAGUCUCUGGAGAACACAGUCACCACCGCCAUCAACAAAGCCCAGAACGGCGCUCCUACGUGGGGAGGCUAUCCAAGCAUUCACGCUGCCUAUCAGCUCUCAGGAGCGAUCAGACCCUUCCAGGCAACAGGGCAGAACGUCCAAUCGACCCCGUUCUACGCCAACAACUUAAAGCCCCCAUCUUCCGAGCAUCUUGCCGUGGUGGAGCCCUCAGAGUGCCAGUCCCCGCCGCCUCAGAAGAGCAAUGUCCAUGCCAUGGAGGAGCUGGUGGAGAAGGUCACGGGCAAGAUGACCGUCAAGGCUGAAGAGAAGGCGGUGGAGAAAGAGCGGAUGGCCGCACCCAGGAUCAAGGUGACCUGCGGCUCCUCGUCCCCGGCCGUGAGGGACCCUCCCAGAGCUGAAGACAGCGAUGCGUCAACGCAACCGUCAAGAAACAGCGACGGCCAGGAGGUGAAAGUGAAGAAGGAGAGCAAUUUGGAGGGCGCGUUCCCAAACGGGACAGAGUGUUUGAGGUCAACAGUCAGCAAUGGCUGUAACAGUAUGGCAAUUAUCACUGACCAGUCACCCGAGUCACCAUUUGUCAAUCCACUCAGUGCUCUCCAGUCAAUUAUGAACACACACUUAGGCAAGGCAGCCAAGCCCCUAAGUCCCAGCCUUGACCCAUUGGCCAUGCUAUACAAAAUCAGCAACAGUGUGCUGGAUAAGCCCAUAUUCCCUGCCACUCAGGUCAAGCAGGCGGACAUUGUGGAUCGGUACUACUACGAAAACAAUGAUCAGCCAAUAGACUUAACCAAAUCAAAAAGCAACAAGAAGCUCAUUUCUGCCAUGACAGAAACGAUUCUCUCCACGUCACGGGAAAACGCGCUGUUGGACAUCUCCGAUAUGGUGAAGAACCUCACAGGGCGGCUGACGCCCAAGUCGUCAACCCCCUCGACGGUGUCGGAAAAGUCGGAAGCCGACGUCAGCAGCUUCGAGGAUACCUUGGAGGAUAUCUCUCCAGUACAGAAGAGAAAGGGCAGGCAGUCUAACUGGAACCCCCAACAUCUCUUGAUGCUCCAAGCUCAGUUUGCAGCCAGCUUACGGGAAUCUUCCGAAGGCAAAUACAUCAUGUCGGACUUAAACCUCCAUGAGCGGGUGCACAUUUCAAAGUUCACUGGCCUCUCCAUGACCACGAUAAGCCAUUGGCUAGCCAAUGUCAAGUAUCAGUUGAGAAGGACAGGUGGAACGAAAUUCCUGAAGAACUUAGACACAGGUCACCCGGUUUUCUUCUGUAAUGAUUGUGCCUCCCAGUUUAGGACUCCUUCCAGCUACAUAGCUCACCUAGAGACUCACUUAGGGUUUUCUAUGAAGGAUCUCUCCAAGUUAUCAGUAGAGCAGCUUCGUGAGCAGCAGGCAGUUUCUAAGGUGAUACCAAAUAGGUCUGUGAACUCAGUCGGGAUGUCAGAGGAGGAUGUAAACUCGACAUUCCAGUGUAAAAUGUGCAACAGGACAUUUGUAAGCAAACAUGCGGUCAAAUUGCACCUUAGCAAAACACAUGGCAAGUCUCCAGAGGACCAUCUGUUAUAUGUAACUGAGUUUGAGAAACAAUAGUACCCAGGUAAGCAGAUACGCUCCCAUGCACCUACUGUAUACACAGAGCAUGAUGGAAUCAAUUCAGCAUGGGUUUAAUGAAUGUUUUCCUCAUAUGUCCAGACAGCUUCUUAUCUGUAUUUUGGUUUGUUGUCAGCACUUUCUAACAAAUAAUCACCAGGCUCAUGAAAGCAGGGAAAUCAUGUUGAAUCUUUAUACCAGUCUGGCCUCAACUGGUGUAUUGUGUUAAGUUCUGGUCUCCUCAUUGUAGGAUGUAAAGGUAUUACAGAAGGUCCAGGGAAGAUUUACGAGUUACAGGGAUGGAUUGGAGAAGAUUGGGCAGUUUUCUUUGGAGAAGAGAGGGCUGAGGGAAGAUCUGAUGGAAGUAUAUAAAAUAAUGAGGGGUAUAGACAGAGUGGAUGGUGGGACCUGUUCCCGUUGGUAGAGGGGUCGAGGCCUAGAGGUCACGGGGACAAAAUAAAGGGGAAUAGAAUUAAGAGUGGCGUGAGGACAAACUUUUCAAAGCAGUGCGUGGAUAGAAUCUUCUGUUGUGGAGGAGGCAGGUUCCAUUGUUGCCUUCCUGGGGGAAAUUGAAUAAAUAUAUGGUGGAGAAAAAUUUGCAAGGCUACAGAAAUAGGUCUGGUGUGUGGAACUAGCGAGUUACUCUGGUAGAGAGCUGGCACAGAUACAAUGAGCUGAAUGGCCUCCUACUGCGCUGUAACCAAACUAUGGUUCUAUGAAUCAGUAUCAGAUUUACUCUCACUGAUUUAUAUGAAGUGAAAUUUGUUGUUUUGUGGCAGCAGCACAGUGCAAAGACAUAAAAUUACCAUAAAUUACAAAAAUAAAUAAAUACUACAACAAAAAAGGAAUAACAAGGUAGUGUUCAUGGGUUCAUGGACCAUUCAGAAAUUUGAUGGGAGAGGGGAAGAAGCUGUUCCUGAAUCAUUGAGUGUGGGUCUUAAGGCUCCUGUACUUCAUCCCUGAUGGUAGUAACGAGAAGAGAGCAUGUCACAUAUGAAAGACAUGGCAGCAGUUCCCUUCUUUAUCUGGAGUCCUGUGGCCAUGCAGUCUGUUUUCCACACAUAUAUGUGUA